GCCGGGAGGGGCGCCGCAUCUGUAUGCGCCCGGCAGCGCGCCCCCGCCCCGCGCGGGCUGGCCGGGGAGGGUCGGAGGCUGGGCUCUCCUCUCCCGCGCGGAGCCGGGGCCGCCUCGCUCCUCCGCAGGCGGAGCCUCCUGCCCCCGCCCCCUCGUCUCGCUCCCUUGUUCUCGCCGGGGCCGCUCAGACCUGCAGCGGAGCCGCGGCGCCGCUCGCAUCGGCUCGGGGCUGCGCCCCCGGGACCCGGCCACCGGGGCGGGCAGGGCGCUCCGCGGGGCUGGGCCCCCGCACGGCCAGCUUCUCAGAGUUGGCUGGAGACCCAUCAGCGUGUGGAGGGUUGGAGACAGGCAGAGUCUGGGCGGAGGGAGGAUCAGACUGUCUGGCCGUUGCCUUAGUCUGGAUUCUGGCAAGUGGGGUUCAGACCCAUGGGGUAGCCCCAGCCACCUGCCCCGGUGCCCCAGCCAGCUCACGCCCCGGCACCCAGGGCCAGGAACUGAGCCCUGGCUGCAACUCAAACAUGUGGGGCCUGGUGAGGCUCCUGCUGGCCUGGCUGGGUGGCUGGGGCUGCAUGGGACACCUGGUGGCCCCCGCCCGGGUCUGGGCAGGCUCCCGGGGGACCCCAGGACCUGCACUGCUGCGGACCCGGAGGAGCUGGGUGUGGAACCAGUUCUUCGUCAUUGAGGAGUACGCUGGCCCGGAGCCUGUCCUCAUCGGCAAGCUGCACUCAGAUGUGGACCGGGGCGAGGGCCGCACCAAGUACCUGCUGACUGGGGAGGGGGCUGGCACUGUGUUUGUGAUUGAUGAGGCGACGGGCAACAUUCAUGUCACCAAGAGCCUGGACCGGGAGGAGAAGGCACAGUAUGUGCUGCUGGCCCAGGCCGUGGACAGAGCCUCCAACCGGCCCCUAGAGCCCCCGUCUGAGUUCAUCAUCAAGGUGCAAGACAUCAAUGACAACCCACCCGUCUUCCCCCUGGGGCCCUAUCACGCCACGGUGCCUGAGAUGUCCAACGUGGGGACCUCAGUGAUCCAGGUGACGGCCCACGAUGCCGACGACCCCAGCUACGGGAACAGCGCUAAGCUGGUGUACACCGUGCUGGACGGCCUGCCCUUCUUCUCAGUGGACCCCCAGACGGGCGUGGUGCGCACGGCCAUCCCCAACAUGGACCGGGAGACACAGGAGGAGUUCCUGGUGGUGAUUCAGGCCAAGGACAUGGGUGGCCACAUGGGGGGGCUGUCGGGCAGCACGACGGUGACUGUCACCCUCAGCGAUGUCAAUGACAACCCCCCCAAGUUCCCUCAGAGCCUGUACCAGUUCUCUGUGGUGGAGACGGCUGGGCCAGGCACACUGGUGGGCCGGCUGAGGGCCCAGGACCCAGACCUGGGGGACAACGCCCUCAUGGCCUACAGUAUCCUAGAUGGAGAAGGGGCUGAGGUCUUCAGCAUCAGCACAGACCCCCAGGGGCGAAACGGGCUCCUCACUGUGCGCAAACCCCUUGACUUCGAGACCCAGCGCUCCUACUCCUUCCGGGUGGAGGCCACCAACACGCUUAUCGACCCAGCCUAUCUGCGGCGUGGGCCCUUCAAGGAUGUGGCCUCAGUGCGAGUGACAGUGCAGGAUGCCCCGGAGCCACCCGCUUUCACCCAGGCUGCCUACCACCUGCUAGUGCCUGAGAACAAGGCUUCCGGGACCCUGGUGGGCCAGGUGUCUGCCAUGGACCUGGACUCCCCUGCCAGCCCAAUCAGGUAUUCUAUCCUCCCCCACUCGGACCCUGAGCGAUGCUUCUCCAUUGAGCCCGAGGAUGGCACCAUCCGCACAGCAAUGCCUCUGGACCGUGAGGCUCAUGUUUGGCACAACCUCACCGUGCUGGCCACAGAGCUUGACAGCUCUGCACAAGCCUCCCGUGUCCAAGUGGCCAUCCAGACCCUGGAUGAGAACGACAACGCUCCCCAGCUGGCCGAGCCCUAUGAUACCUUUGUGUGUGAUUCUGCGGCCCCAGGCCAGCUCAUCCAGGUCAUCCGGGCCUUGGACAGAGACGAGGUUGGGAACAGCAGCCGUGUCUCCCUUCAGGGUCCCCUGGGCCCUGAUGCCAACUUCACUGUCCAGGACAACCGAGAUGGCUCUGCCAGCCUGCUGCUGCCCUCCCGCCCUGCCCCACCCCGCCAGGCCCCCUACCUGGUCCCCAUAGAGCUGUGGGAUUGGGGGCAGCCGGCGCUGAGCAGCACGGCCACUGUGACAGUCAGCGUGUGCCGCUGCCGGCCUGAUGGCUCCGUGGCCUCCUGCCGACCCGAGGCCCAGCUCUCACCCACUGGACUCAGCACCGGGGCCCUGCUCGCCAUCAUCACCUGUGUGGGCACCUUGCUCGCCCUGGUGGUGCUCUUCGUGGCCCUGCGGCGCCAGAAGCAGGAGGCACUGAUGGUGCUGGAGGAGGAGGACGUCCGCGAGAACAUCAUCACCUACGACGACGAGGGCGGCGGCGAAGAGGACACGGAGGCCUUCGACAUCAGUGCCCUGCAGAACCCCGACGGGGCGGCCCCGCCGGCCACUGGCCCGCCUGCCCGUCGCGACGUGCUGCCCUGGGCGCGGGCCCCGCGCCAGCCCCGGCCUCCGGGCCCCGCGGACGUGGCGCAGCUCCUGGCCCUGCGGCUGCGGGAGGCCAACGAAGACCCCAGCGUGCCGCCCUACGACUCGGUGCAGGUCUAUGGCUACGAGGGCCGGGGCUCCUCCUGCGGCUCGCUCAGCUCCCUGGGCUCCGGCAGCGAGGCCGGCGGCUCCCCGGGGCCCACAGAGCCCCUGGACGACUGGGGGCCCCUCUUCCGCACCCUGGCAGAGCUCUACGGAGCCAAGGAGCCCCCGGGCCCCUGAGCGCCCCCCUGGCCCUGCCCUCCGCGCGGGGCUGCCCGCAAAGGCCCUCUGAGUGAGCCCGGGGGUCAGACAGGUGGCAGCAGCCCAGGGGUCCCCGGCCUCCUUCUGUCCCUGCGUCCCCAUCCCCACCCCACCACCCCCAGGGCAACCCGCCUUCCUUCCUUCUCCUUCUGUCCUGCGUCUCUCCAGGGAUCUCUGUGUCUGUCUCUUAAUUCUCCCUGUCCGGGUCUGGGCUGUGUGGCCCUGGCUUUGCGUCUCUGUUCUCUCACUGUGGUUCUGCUUUCUCUGUGGCUCUGUUGUUGUCCCCCCAGUUCUGAUCCUCUCCCACAGUGUCUCUCUCUCUCAUAUACUCACACAUGUACUCUCGUCUCUCUCUCUCUCUCUCUCUCUCUCUCUGGCCCACAUCUGCCCACAUUCUCUCUGGGUCCCUGUGACUGGCUUUUCAGUUUAUUCUGUUGUCCAUCCCAAAAGCAAGAGAAACUCCCAGCCACUGCUGCCCACCCUCCUGCAGGGGAUACUCUGCCCCAGACCUGCCCGCAUGGUUCCAUCCAUCACUCAUGGCCUCAUCUUGGCACCACGGCCUCCAGCAGAGAGGAAACCAGCCUCCUCCCCGGCCAGAGCUCCUGCCUGUGGCCACCUCCCGGGAGCUCUGCUCAGCCGCUGGC